AUGGCUCCGCAUGCAGAGAUUGACAAAUCUUCCUCCGAUCGGGCUGGAAACGUUGGCAAUGACCACGAAGGUUCAUCAUCUUUCAGGAAAGAGCUUUUUACAGUCAAGUCACCUAACGUGGUGUACACGGAAAAGGAAGUUCUAACCAAGUACACGUACCGCACUACAAGCGUUACGAGAGAUGAUACCGGAGACUACACUGUUACUCCUCGGGAAACCCAGUAUGACUUCAAAUUCGAUCGCAAUGUUCCAAAGGUCGGCGUUAUGCUCGUUGGUUGGGGCGGCAAUAACGGCACGACUGUAACUGCUGGAAUCAUUGCUAACCGUCGUGGACUGGUAUGGGACACACGCGAGGGCCCAAGGAAUGCUAAUUACUAUGGAUCCGUCGUUAUGGGCUCCACCAUGAAGCUCGGUACCGAUGCGAAGACUCAACGAGACGUGAAUAUUCCAUUCCACAAUGUUCUGCCAAUGGUCCACCCAAACGACCUUGUUAUCGGUGGAUGGGACAUUAGUAGCCUGAAUCUUUCUGAUGCCAUGGACCGGGCAGCUGUGCUUGAACCCACCUUGAAAAUGCAAGUCAAGAAGGAAAUGGCCACGAUGACCCCACUUCCCAGCAUCUAUUAUCCCGACUUCAUUGCCUCCAAUCAAGGCGAUCGAGCAGACAACAUUAUCAAUGGCAGUGUCGCCUGUAUGGGCCAUGUUGAUCAUAUUCGUCAGGAUAUUCGGGAUUUCAAGCGUGUCAAUAACCUCGAUAAAGUCAUAGUCCAGUGGACCGCCAAUACCGAACGCUUCGCUGACGUGGUUGCGGGGGUAAACGACACAGCGGACAAUCUGUUGAAGGCCAUUGAAGAGGGGCAAGCCGAGAUUGCGCCCUCGACGAUCUUCGCAGUGGCCUGCAUCCUUGAGAACGCCCCAUUUAUCAACGGCUCGCCUCAGAAUACGUUCGUUCCGGGUGCGAUUGACCUUGCCGAAAGAUACGGCGCUUUUAUUGGGGGUGAUGACUUCAAGUCAGGGCAAACAAAGAUGAAAUCCGCUUUAGUGGAGUUCUUAAUUAAUGCAGGGAUCAAGGUUACUUCUAUAGCAAGCUACAACCAUCUAGGUAACAACGACGGCAAGAACUUGAGCGAGCAGAAGCAGUUUCGGUCUAAGGAAAUUUCGAAAUCGAACGUGGUGGAUGAUAUGGUCGACGCGAACAAUGUGCUCUACAAGGACGGGGAGCACCCUGAUCACACUGUUGUCAUCAAGUACAUGCCGGCAGUGGGCGACAACAAGCGUGCCCUCGAUGAAUACUACGCUGAGAUUUUCCUGGGCGGUCACCAGACAAUUUCAAUCUUCAAUGUGUGCGAGGACUCACUCCUUGCCUCGCCUCUGAUCAUCGAUCUCGUCUUAAUCACUGAAGUUAUGACGAGAAUUCAGUGGAAAGCAAGCUCAAAUGACGGGUCUGCAACAGCGUAUCAGGGAUUUCACAGUGUCCUUAGCAUCCUCAGCUACAUGCUCAAGGCUCCAUUGACCCCACCAGGUACUCCGGUCGUCAAUGCAUUGGCCAAGCAGCGAGCGGCCUUGACCAAUAUCUUCCGUGCCUGUGUCGGUCUGGAACCCGAAUCGGAUAUGUCUUUGGAACAUAAGCUAUUCUGA